AUGGCGCCGUCCACUGCAACCCCAUCCGAUCUCCACCGUGUGCCCGUCGCGUGCCUGCAGUGUCGAAAGGCGAAGGUCCGAUGUCUGGUAUCGCAGCGAUUAGACCGGUGCAAUCGGUGCAUAGCGAACGACACGUCCUGCGUCUUUACACAGCCCAAGAGGGCAAGGGUCAGACCGGCUCCAUAUCCUCGCCCGACGCCACCGCGCGAGAACAAGGCUGCUGAGAACCAUCCUGACUGUUCGGAGGAACUGCCCAAUGCAGCUAAUCUUGCAGAGGCCCAUGACCCCAUCCCCACACUCCACACGCCCACGGCAACAAGCCAUCAUAGUACACCAUAUCAGCCCAACGAAUCGCAGGACCUGGAUGUCCGACAACCGCUCAUCACCGAUGCCAUUCGCACUGCGAUAAUUACUGCGCUUGCCUCGUUAAGAGGGAGACGAGGGUCUUCAUUCAGCUUCGUUACGUCGGAAGAUGGGCCAUGCUUUAGCUCUAGAACUGACCAGAGGCCGCGACGCCCGUCUCCCCAGAAAUCCCCGACGUCGGUGUCACUGAAACUUUCCAUGCUUCUGCGGCCGCUGACCAGUAAUUCUCAACACGAUAACGGUGCAGAUAGCGCAAUGCCUGCCGGUGUGGUUAGGAUGCCCAGCUACUCCACGUCGAUGUCCCUCGGCCAGACCAUCACGGAUCCAAUUGAAGGGGGCAUGAUCAGUUUAACCUCGUCGAGGGAGCUGUAUGGUUUUUUCAUGUUACGGAUGAACGCUAAAUGGGAAUAUAUCCUCGAUCCACGGGUCGACACUCACGAUCAAAUCCGACGGCGGAGUCAACUACUUUUCACUACAAUACUCUUCUGCGCGUCCAAAUUCGCAAACUACGUCCAUGGACAUGUUGUAUCUGUCCCUGACCCGGUGUUGCAAACACGGUUAUGCAGCCUGGCUAGAAAUCUUGUUGUCAAGGCCCUUGCAGAAGGAGACCGCUCCAUGGAAACAAUGCAGGCGCUGUACCUGCUUGUUUGCUGGAAGGACGGCGAUGACGACGUCUCGUAUCUUCACAGCGGUUAUGCCCACCAGGCCCUCCACGACCUGGACUUGGAGCAGAGCGACGGCGACGGGUGGCAGACAGCUCGUCGGAGAAGAACGUGGCUAGCGCUAUUCAGGCAAGACAGGCAGCAGAGUCUGUUCUUCAUGCGGAGGGCGUCUCUUGCACAGGCUGAUGAGAAUUACUGUUUGAUCAGUAACCCUAAUACAUGGCGCGAGAUGGAAUGCGCGUUGCCAUUAGAUAUGAUCGCGUGUUGCAGUGCGGAUCUGCGGCGCAUUCAGUCCAAGCUCCGUCUUUUAGUAGCGAGGGCCUCGUCAGUGAUGCUGCCAUGCCUGCUGGAUCUUAUGCAUGGGGAGCUGAGUGAGUGGAAGGCGAAGUGGAUGAACUAUCUCCAUACGCAAGGGACCGGUCCAGCGAACAGUGAUGCCUCCCUCAAUCCUGAGCUACUCUUCCCAGAUGCAGGCCAUCUCAGAAACCUCGUCCAUCUAUGGGAUCACAGCGUCAGGCUGAAUGUUGCCUCCGCUGUCCUCCGGCAGUCUCUUAUGGCAGCCGUUACAUCCUCUCUAGGGACUUCCUGGCAGCCCUCACCAGACACAUUCCCCGAGCUCGAUUUAGCAACUCUGCAAAGUGUCCUAUCUCCCGACCUUCCUGGUCUUAGUAGUAGCGUUGAGAGCGCAUUCGGCGUCCUACGGCAUCUACUCUGCAUCCCGCCAGACGAUCUUCGCCGCGCACCUGAUGCGGUUUUGCUUCUCGCGCCUAAUGCUGCAUUAUUCCUAUGUCUGCUUUUGUGUCUUCCUGAGAAUGGGAUCCUGGGGCUGAUGUUCCAACGGACGGCGGUUACGCUGAUUCAUGAUAUCACGCGGCAUGUGAACCAGUGUGUGCAGUCGGCCCAGGAUACUGUACUCCUUCAUGCGCAGUAUCUGGGUUCACUGUUGGGGUUGCUGGACGGCUCUCAGCAGCAGCAGCAAGGGAUCGAAGCACAGCCACCCAUGGGCAUGCCGCAACUUGAUGUUGGUGGGGGACUGGGUAUUCACUCUCAGCACGCUCUGGCGGGUGAAGCUUCGCAGCCUGCAUACAGCAUAGAGAAUACUAGUAGCGUUCUUGGGUGCCCGGGGGAUAGUGGCAAUAACAUGCAUCUCCGAAGCCUGGCGAACUUGCUAGAUGGGGACCUGUUCUGGGAGAUGCCCCUUGCGAGUGAGAGUGGAUCGCUUGGUGAUUGUUAA